AUGCGCUUUUGGUGGGAUAAAGGAGAUAGAAACAAAGGAAUUCCUUGGGUGGCUUGGAAGAGACUACAGUUUUCUAAGAAAGAUGGAGGUUUGGGAUUUAGGGACCUCCCACGUUUUAACGAUGCCCUUUUAGCUAAACAAGCAUGGAGACUACUAAAGCAUCCAGAUACUCCGUUUGCAAGAUUGAUGAAAGCACGUUAUUACAAAGACACGUCAAUAUUGGAAGCAAAACAUCGGAUAAAUGAAUCGUAUGGUUGGAGCUCAAUAGUUACAGGUUUGACCCUGUUGAAAAAAAGAAUGAAACACAUCGUUGGAGAUGGUGAAUCUACAAACGUUUUUGAGGAUCUUUGGUUACCGGUUCAUUCCCCAAGGAGAGUGACUCGUAACGAAGGACAGGAAGAUUUUCUAGUGAAGGAAUUGAUCAUUGACAGCGGCUGUUCAAGAAAAUGGAACCUGCCUGUGUUGGAAGCUAUACUCAAUGCAGAAGAUCGGAAUUUGGUUCAGAAAUUAUAUUUACCACAAAGAAAGAAGCAAGAUCGUCAAGUUUGGUGUUAUGAUAAAUCGGGUGACUACACAGUUAAGAGUGGGUACUGGUUGGCUUUUAGGGAACAUCUCCACGACCACCCUGAGAUUACCAUUCCCCAUGGAGAUCCGGUCCUUAAAGAUCAAAUUUGGAGAUUGCAGAUUAUGCCAAAAAUAAAACAUUUUUUCUGGAGAGCUUUGUCUAAAGCUUUACCGACUGCAACUAGAUUAGUUACUCGUGGAAUGAAAAUUGACAAGCGAAUGAGUCAACUACCUUGGCAACCUUUGAACCUACAUGAUGAUAAGUGCGAUGAUCAGGUUUCAAAAUUCUUGGAACUACAAAACAUAAGGGGUCUAUCAGAUUACCAGAAACUCCUCCCAUUUUGGCUUGCUUGGCGGAUAUGGAAAUCGAGAUACAACCUAAUUUUCAAGAAACAAGUAACGGCUCCACGAUUCAUUGUACAACAAGCUCAUAUUGAUGUUAUGGAAUGGUUGAACUCACGGUCUUCUAGAUUCACUAGUCCAACUGGAAGUACAGAUCUUGCCCUUCCGACUUCAUCGAGGAAACUACCAUGGCAGAGGCCUACACUUGGUUACUUCAAAUGUAAUUUUGACGCAAGCUACGAUUUGCACUCACAACAAUCGAUGGCGGGAUGGAUUAUUCGUGAUCACAAUGGAGUAGCGUUCUCAUGGGGCACAACUAACUUGGGGGUUUCGAAUUCGCCACUGGAAGCGGAAGCAAAGGCGUUAUUGAUAGCUAUGCAGCAAACUUGGAGCCUGGGUUUAGAUUAUGUAGUUUUUGAGGGAGAUUGUAAAUUGCUCAUAGAUAGCUUACAAGGAAAUCCCAUAGACUUUAACAUAGAAAAUAUUUGUUGGGACAUUGAUAAAUGGCGCAGAGAUUUUAAGGAGUGUGUUUUCCUUUACACUAGGAGGGAAAAUAAUAUGGUCGCCCAUAGUUUAGCUUCCACAGUGCCUCCCAAUGGCAUGUUUUAUUCCUCUAGGUUAAAUCCACCUUUGUGGUUAUCACAUUUGUUGUAUAAUGAUCUUGUAAUUGUUACUUAA